AGCGAGCAGCCUGCUGCAAAGGCUGUGUGUGUGUGCGUGAUUAUGAUUUGUUGUGUACAUUUUUUACAUCUUUUGCUGGGAACGAGUUCGGUAUGCCCAUGGUUUACCAUUAUCCCGCCCUAUCAAAACGGUGACGAUGGUAGAAAAAUUAGACUAAAGCGCGUUUUAAGGGGCGAAUGCGAACGGCAGCCAUCAAAACUUAACCAAAAACACAAUCAAUUGUCGUUCGAUGCUACCGUGGCGCGGUAAUGGCGCUGCUAGAUGCUAGUUUUUCUCGCUCUCUCUCUCUCUGUAUUCCGGAAGUGUUUAGUUUUGCGUGCAUUUUUUCGGUUUGUUUUGUGUGAGCUAACUGUCCUUUUUAAUCUACAUUCCGGGACUUCCUUUCCGGUCCCAAUAAUUGAUGAAGUCUAGAGCCUAUCUUUGCGUUCAUUAAGAUCCAUUUGGGAAAAUGAUCCGAUCAAUCGAUCGUUGGCAUACUUUUGGUUUGGUUUUGGUUUAUUUUUUUCAUCGAUUGUUUUGCCCCCCUUGCACCCAUGUCCCUCUAGCUCCUAUAGACCUCGCCUCUAAGCCCCUUUCCUUAUACAAACCUUUAUCUAAACAAAUUAUCAACACUCUCCCUUCCCGCACACACAAUUAAACACUUGUAUUUCAAUUGUGCUGGAAACCUCCUAAACCAAGGCCCCGACUCAUCGGAUGAUGAAUCCGGUCCGGCCACACCGACACUGGAGCCGGACAAAGCUCUGUCCCUGUCGGGCGAUGUAAUAGCGCAUGAGCAACCAAGCGAUCAUGAAAAUAAUGGUGACGAUCGCGGUGAGGAGGUUGCCGAUGAUCGGCAACGAAACCGUUCCUACAGCCACAGCCACAGCGAGGGUGGCAAAACGACAACCACCAGUUCCUCGCGCCAUGGCAGCGUUACGAAUUCUUCCUCGUCGGCCUGCUCGUCGAUGGAGCGACGGACGGCACCGGGCUCCGGUGGUGGUGGUGGUGGUGGCGGCGGCCGGCUCGUCUGUACCUGUCCGCUACCGUCCACACCGACCACACCGACCACACCGCCAACGGUUGUCUGCCAGGUGUACGAUUACGGUGCGGAUCGCGUGGGCGACUGUGCGGAACCGGCCUGCGACAGUGGCGGUAGCAGCAGCUGGCGGGACAAACUUGGCCACCGAAUAGGGCACCGGAAGCCACCGCGCUCACCGAAGAGCCCGAAGAAAGCGAGUGACAAAAGUCGUAAGGGUAGUAGCGGUAGCUGCGGCGGCAGCCACGAUCAUCUAACGGUGGCGGAUGCCGGGGGCAGACCGCCGGACGAGGGGGGCCACAGUGCACCGGAAACGGAACGGGAAGAGGAGCAGGCGGAGGAGGAGCACGGGUUCGAGUGGCGCUGGUUUCAUCGGCGCCGCAAGCACUCCGAGGCCAAGUCCAGGAGUCGCUCGUCUAGCCAUCUGUUCGGUGGCCACAGCCCCGGCCGACCGGUUGGGAUAGCGGGUUUGCGCCUCUCGCCGGUCAGCAGUUGUUGCGGUGGUAGUAGAAGGGUGGCGACCACCGGCAACCAUGGGUCCGCCACCAGUCCGCCCGAGCAGGAGGACGCUGACUCGGCCGUGUACGGUGGGGCGCUGGACCCCGCACCACCAUCGUCACCGGCAUCGGGUGACGCACCGUCCGGGACAACCUGGCGCCCUUUGGCACGGAAUGGGUUGUUCGUGGGGAGGAAGCAACCGGCCGCUAGAAAGUGCCCGCCACCGCUACCAACGACGGUGUCGGCGGUCAUCAAUCCAGGUCAGGCUCACCUGGUCUUCCUUUUCUUUUUUUUAUAUAUUUUUGCAAUCAUUUGGUAUUGUUUUUAAUUUUACUUUUUUGGUUUCUUGUUUCUAUGUUUUAUUUUCGAAGCUCUAAAACACACAAACAAUACACUCUAUGAUCUCUUUCUACUUCUAUCUUUCUACUACUAGCUGCUCUUCCGUUACACGCAUUCAUACAUACACACGCGCGCAUUGACUUUCUGUUGCAGACCUGCAUAAUUGAGGAAGUUUAUUUCUGUGUCCCCCCCCCGUGAGGGUUGUUUUCAAAUAGUCGUUAGUGUGUUUAGUUUGUUUGUUGGGCUUUGCGGCCCACAUUGCUGGCACGCCUCCAUCGGAGCUGAACUGUGUAAUUUCCACACUCACCUGCACUCUUCUUCAGCACUUGCUCUUCGUGCCUGCGUGCUCGUCUGCCCCAGUCGCGAUUCCGAAUGCUGCUAUAUUGCUGUCUCUUCUUGGCGAUGUGUGUCCUCCUUCUGUUUUAUUCCUUCUCUAUGUCUGUUUCUUGAAAUGUAGCAAUGUUUUUCUCGUUUGUUGCCUUCUACCUUCUGGCUGUAUCUGUAUUCACUUUCUAUUGCUUUGUUAUUUAAUCCAUCUUUCUCUCCAGUCCAAUUGCUCGUUUCAGGAUCUCGUCGCCACAUGUUUGCUGCAAGCUGUGUUAUUAUUGCCUCUUUGUAUGUGUCCAUAAUACGGGUCCAAACACACACACACAUACACAUACACUACUUCCCGCCCCGUACACUAUCCUUAUCAUCCUUUCGUCCUUAUCAUCCCUUCAAACAUAAUUCCUUGAACUGUUGUCUCGUUUUAUACCAUUGUUCUGGAAUGUGUUUAACAAAUGAUCUUUACAGAGCUAAAGCCCACCUUGUAUUGUUUGAAUUUGCACACCUUGGCGUACGUUUCUGUACCUUUCUUUUAGUUACAAUUGCCAACUUUUGUUGCGUUUAAUUUCAGCACGCUCUCUCUCUCCCUCUCUCUUGCUCUUUUGCAUUUGCUUUCUCCUCUCCCUCGUGUAACGUUGAGCCACACUUUUCCCCCUUUUGUGGAAGUAACGAUCAUUAUGAUCUUCGCUUUUACCGUUCCUGUGUAUACUAUUUCCCCUCCGCCUUUAGUUAGUGAUUUUUAAAAAUUUGGAAUUGCCAAAACAAGCGUCCCGUUUUUAAUUUUCUAGCGUAGCAAAUUGAACACAAUUGAAGGUUUUUUGGAUUAAAUUUGAUCUGUGCCGUAAGCUUCAUCCUUCCCGUUUGCGCCAGCACGGUACAGUGUAGUCUGUUGUGUUUGAAAUGCAGAACUAGCAGUGUAUACAAUUAACAAACAAAAAAGUAUUAUAAUUUACUAAACAACGCAACCAGAAACUCGACCGUGUAUGAGCCACUCUGUUGUCCCUUGCUUUGAUAAUGUGUUUUAUUCCCGUUUCAAAAUUUGCCGCUUUGUUUAUUACUGUGUACACAGUUUCGUAGAGUAUUAAAACAAAUAUUUAAAAAAAUAUCUAUAAAUAAAGAAUCUGUAUGGUGCAUAUAGUAUUUUUACCGGACACGCGUGUCAUAUGUAUCUUAUGUACUGUACCCUCCCCAUUGUUUGCUUACAACUGUGUGUACAUGUGACGAGUUUAGUCCUUGUGUAUUUUCCGUUUUAUUCUUAUUAUUGCAGGACUGUUUUGUUCAUCAUCGAUCGAUUUUUCUGACGCACUUGAACACCGUUUUGUUUUUCUGUUUAUUUUUUUAUUAUUUUGGAAUAUUUUUGUGCAGUUUGGAAGCUUUUUAACCACAUUUUCUAAUAUUUUGUCUUCUUUUGCAACUUCAA